AAUAUAUGCUUAUUCUUCUUCUUCUUCGUCUUCUCUAAAUCAAUUCACGUUUCUUCUGAGAUAGGUCCCCGCGAAAAAUUCCAUUCUUCAGAUCAUAGAUUUGCAUCUGAUCUUCAUAACAAGCCAAAAAAAUCCCAUAAGUUAUUGCUCUAGCUUUUUUUUUACCCUGAUUCGAUUUUUUUUUUGUGAUAAAUUUCGUGUCCAUGAAGAAGGUUCUUCAACGAGGUUUUAAGCCUGCUAAAUGCAAAACAGCUUUGCAAAUGGCGAAUUCACGCCUGAAGAUACUCAAGAACAAAAAGGAGAUUCAGAUUAAACAGCUGAGGAGAGAAUUAGCUCAAUUGCUCGAAUCCGGACACCCUACUGCUAGAAUUCGGGUGGAACAUGUGGUUAGGGAAGAGAAGACAGUGGCUGCUUAUGAGCUCAUUGGAAUAUAUUGUGAACUUCUUGUUGUUCGUUUGGGUGUUAUUGAGUCACAGAAAAACUGCCCCAUUGAUCUGAAAGAAGCUGUCACAAGUGUCUUGUUUGCUUCCCAGAGGUUAUCAGAUGUUCCAGAGCUCUCAGAAAUCUUUAAGCAAUUCACAACCAAGUAUGGGAAGGAUUUCUCUACGGCGGCUGUUGAGUUGCGUCCGGAUUCUGGUGUGAGUCGUCUGUUGGUGGAAAAAUUGUCUGCCAAAGCCCCUGAUGGUCCAACAAAGGUCAAAAUUUUGAUGGCAAUCGCUGAGGAGCAUAAUGUCGUCUGGAAGGCGCAAUCUUUCGUUGAAUCAGAUCCAAAAGAUACUGAGUUGUUGAGUGGAGCAAGCUCAUUUCAGCCAGCGAGUAGUAUGAACAUGGAUUCAUCUAUAAACUCAAACAAGGAACAGCCUCCAAACGUCCCAGCUCCAGCUACUGUCAAUGCAUAUCAUGGAUCAAGUGAAAGAAAUCAUUUCCCAGAGAACUCUUAUGCAAAUGGGGGAAGAUCUUCAAGCCGUAGCAACAAUGUUACUUAUGGGAAGGCUGAUGACUACUAUCAUUCAAAUGCGAGACCUUCUCGAUCUAGGCCUGAUGAAGGAGAAUGUAGAAAUCCAAAUCAUGGCUAUGCAAAUUCAUCUUCAAGAACUAAGAAUAAGCGGGAAACAGAAUUUGUUAGUUCCACAGAUGCUGCUGAAGCUGCCGCUGAAGCUGCUGAAAGAGCAAGUUUCGCUGCUAGAGCAGCUGCCGAACUUUCGAACAAAGAAAGGAUGAUGAGGCAGGAUUCAACAGAGUCGCAUAGAUCCUCUGCAUCUGUAAAUCUCAGAAACGAGCCUUCACAUCGACGUAACCGAUCGAAUGCACAAAGUGAAAGUUAUUCUGAAGAUCAUUUUUCGCCUAGACGAAAUGUUGGAAUGCAGUAUGAAGAUAUGGACAGAACCCGGCAAGAUAGAUAUGAUAAGGCAGAGGAAUCUGAGAUUCCUCCUGUAGAUCAGUCAUCAGGAAGACAUUCCCUGGAUAACUCGAGAAAUAAUGGUUCCUUUGGUAAAAAAGGUAGAGAGAAGCAGCCAAGUCAGGAUGAGACGGAUUUAAAUGUUGGUUACUCAGAAGAUGUUUACCCCAGGAAGCAGUCAAGCCGGGCUUCAUCACAUUCACAUUCACAUUCAAGCAAUUAUUCUGAUGAGAAUGACCUUGGCUCAGAUUAUAUGAAGUCACCGAGCAUCGUGGAGGAAAACAUAUUUGCCACUGAAUAUGAUCACCAAUCUCAGAGCAGCUUUAAAGAUAUAGAUUCCCAUGAUCAUGGACAUAGUUCAUUUUUUGAUCAACCUAAAUUUGAUGCGGAAGAUAAUCAUUAUGAUGAAAUUGAUGUAGGAUUCUCAUUGCUUGGCAGCAAAACAUCUGCUUCAGCGGCUUCGUGGAGCUUCAAAGAAGAUCUUAGUAAGUCCUCAUAUGGAAAAAACAGCAGCUCGAGCUCACAAGUUUUCCAAGAGAACCUAAGUUCCCCAUUAUUUGAUGAUGUCUCUACAAGUCCUCCGGCAUCUUACCACGAGCCUGACCCACAUGCCAAGUUUGACAAUUAUGGUCCAAAUUCAGAAAGCGACGGCGAUCAGCCAAGGCAUAGAGGCAAAGUUUCUGGAGAUGUACAUGAGAAGGGGAUUCUGACAUCUGAUCGAUCUCAGAAAUUUAAAGUCUCUGAUUCUGACGGACAUGAAUUUUUCCCGUUAGACACAGAGGAACACAAAGAUAUUUUGAGGAAACAGGAAGAAUCAGAUUCAGAGUCAGAGCCUCAGCUUGGUCUGAGGCUUGGAACUUUGGGCGGUGGAUUUAGGAACAAAAAGACACUCCCACCCUACACAAUGAGUUUGGCAUCGUCCAAGUCUGAAAAGAAAUAUAUCCAAACCGAUGAUUUUGGUCAGUCUAGCAGAAAAGAUCUUUACAGUAAGAAAGCAAGCAACACCGAGAUGAGACCUAGUUUUAUGCCUCCUCAUCCAUCUUCUAGUGAUGAAGACGACUCAGACAUGCAACUUCCAGUAAGAACAAAAACAAAAUCCGAUUCCUUAUUUAGUCAUGCCCGUGUCAACCUUGAAGACUCGGAUGAAGAAAAACUCUCAACUCGAUCUUCUUCAAGAAGUCAAGAGAGUAGUCGUAAGCCAUCAACGGGAAUGAGAGAUCACAAGAGAACAAACUUCAAGACGCCAGUUUCAUCAUCGUCUGAAGAUGAGGAAGAAGUCGAAAGAGAGGCUGCACGCAUCAAUGCCAAGCCAAAUAAAACAACCGGGUACGGGUUCUCUCUAAGGACAAAGGGCCAAUCGAAAGCUUAUGAGAAACAUUCUUUACCAGUGACAACGAAGAAAACCGACAAAGAGUCUCAUGAUCAGCCAUCUCCAAGGCACAAGACAGUAACUUCAAGCCAUGUUUCACAAACUGUAAAAUCACCCGAUCCAGAAACCCCAUCAAGGGAGAGAGCUAGUCACGUUCAUCCCAACCUCCCAGAAUAUGACGAUAUCUUUGCGAGGCUCGGGGCCCUUCGUGCUCCUAAUCGACGCUGAGUAUGCUCAUCUUGUCCGUCUGUUCAUACAUUUAUUCUUUGCCACAGAGACCAGUCCCCCUCAUUUUUUACUCUGACUGAAUUUGAUAUUCUUACACAUUAUACAUAUUGAAGCAGUGGUUUGAUUCUGCUUGGUCGUGAUUGGUUUUCCUUGUCUAUUUUAUUUUUUGGUGUGGAUACAUAGAAUAGGAAAUAACUAUUUGCGAAGAAGAUUUUUAUAAUAA